AUGGCGCAGCUCGUGCGUCCAGCGUCAGUGUCAGCGUCAGAUCUAUCUUGCAGAAACCUGGAAGCGAGAUUAGAGCCGAGCGCUGCUGCCAUUGUACGACAUGAACCGUAUGGGUCGUUUCCUCGACCUCGUACUCUCCGGUUCCCCACUCCGGUCGGCAGAAGAGCGUUAUCCGUCAGAAGCGCCGCCGAUUCAAGUCAGUCGGCCAAUGAACUGGAUGGAGUCAAAGUAUCGCCGAACUCGUCAGGGAAGGCUUCAGGCGGCGACAUGAUGAAGCUCUUCAACGACGCGCAACAGAACAUGCUGUACCUGAACAAGCAGCGCCUCAUCGCGCUGGACGAGCUGCACAAGGCGGAGGCGGAGCGCGAGUACCUGGCGGCGCGCGUGGCGCAGCUGCAGGCGGAGGCGGAGGCGGGGGAGGCGCAGCGCAAGCUGCUGGAGGAGCGCCUCAGAGCCGCGGAUCUGGGCGUCGCCGCAGCCCCCAGCACCCCCACGCGUGCAGUACCUACGGCUCCGGGCAGCAAAUCGAGCGGAAAAGCGGGCAGCAGCAAGGCGGGGGAACCGGCGUCCGUGUGGAGCCGCCUGCUGCUGCGCGUGGACGGGCUGUUGCUCGCCAAGGCGCUCAACGCGGGGCAGGCGCAGGCGCUUAGAGGGCUCGCUGCCGCCCGGGACGCCCGCGCUGCUGACGUGUACGCUGACGUGGAGCCGCUGGAGGACGCACAGGUGGUGCGCGCGCUGCUGCGACUCAUUGAUGGCAGCAACAGAACCCUCCACGUGGUGCAUGUGUGCACGGAACUCGCGCCAGUGGCGCAGGCAGGGUCGCUAGCCACGUGGAUGGCGGGGCUGUGCCGUGCACUGCGCAAGAAGGGCCACCUGGUGGAGGUCAUUCUGCCUCUGUACUCAAGUGUGGACACGACUGCCAUUGAGGACUUCCGAGAGGCGCCAGGCGAGAUCAUGUCCUUCUUCGAUAACAAGUGGCACAAGAAUAAGAUCUACACCGGCACGGUGCACGGGGUGCCAGUGACGUUCAUCCACCCGCUGCACCCAGCAGCCUUCUUCCAGAGGGACCACCUCUACGACUACGAGGAUGACUUUGAGCGCUUCACCUACUUCACGCGGGCAGCGUUAGAGUACGUGCAGCAGCAGGGCAAGCAGCCGGACGUGCUGCAUCUGCACAACUGGCACACGGCGGUGGGCGCACCGCUGUUCUGGGACAUCUACCACCACCAGGGCAUGCCCGACACCCGCAUCCUCUUCACCUGCCAUGACGCCCGCUUCCAGAACGCCCAGCCAGCGGACAAGCUGGCGCUGGUGGGGCUGGACCCCUCUCAGCUGAACCGGCCCGACAGACUGCAGGACAACCGCGACCCCGCCCUCGUCAACCUGCUCAAGGGCGGCAUAGUGUAUUCGAACAAGGUAACAACGGUGUCACCCACGUAUGCCAGCGACAUGAAGACUCGUGAGCUCGGCUGCGGCCUCGAUGCCACCGUCGCCAUCCACAGCCAGAAGUUCGUUGGCCUGCCCUCCGGACUCGACCAAUACGUGUGGGACCCGACCAGGGACCUCGCACUCCCCGUGCCACUCGCAGCCUCGGACCCCAUGCCUGGCAAGGCCGUGGCUCGGGCAGAGGUUCGGAAGAGGCUGGGGCUGCCAGUGAUAGACUCGGCAUCGGGGUUGGAGAGGGCAGUGGUGGCGUAUGUGUCGCCGCAGAUAGGCGAGGCGGAUGUGGAGCUCAUCAAGGGGGCGCUCUCGUGCUCCCUCGCCUACCAGGCCCAGUUUGUGCUGGUGGGGGCAGCACGCUCGCCCAAGGUGCAGAUGGCCCUCGAGGAGCUGCAGAGGGUGCAGCAGGACCGCAAUGCACACCUGGAGAUCGUGUACGAGGAUGAUGUGGCGCAUCUGCUGGUAGCGGCGGCACACGUGCUGCUCUGCCCGCCCCUCCGCGACCCCUCCUCACACUUGCCGCUGGUGGGGGCGCGGUACGGGGCCGUGCCUGUGGCCCGUCAACUGAUGGGAUCACCUGACAGCCUAGUGGACGUGGAUGACCCGCGCCGCGGUGCCUCGGAGGGAACGGGUUUCUUCUAUGCCUCGGACAAACCAGCUGACGCUGUCAUCGCCCUCACCCGCGCCCUCAAGCUCCUCAAGGCCGAUCCGCAACGGUGGGAAGUAAUCACCAAGACAGCAGUGUCGGUGGAUACUAGCUGGGAUGCCCGCAGCUCUGAUGCAUACGUAGAUGCGUACCUGUCUAUCCGGCGUUGCUAA